AUGAUUCGUCUCUCCGGCGGCACCUCCAUCGUCGGCGACAACUCCAACCGGCCACCAUUCAACAUCCGGCCAUACCAAACUCAACCUCUGUCAAUCCCCCAACAUGCAAUUCCAUCUCUGUCGGUCCAUUCUCCUCCAAUAUCUAUCGCUUCCUCUCCACCGCCUUUCCCUAUUUCUUCUUAUCUCAAUAUCCUCCUAAUUUCAUCCGAAAAGGCUUCCAUGUCCCUUGUGAUUUCCGGCACUCCACUUUCUUGCACCACUCCGACGAUCCCUUUUGUUUCAUGCCUUCCAAUUAUUGAAUCGGAGGGUAAGAAUGUAUGGCCGGAUCUCCGUUCAAGAGUGUCAGAGUACCCUGGCGGAUUAAACCUGCAACAUAGUGUAGCGUAUUGGCUCACUCUAGACCUUUUAUCCUCAAACACUCAAACCGCCAUUAGAGUUUAUAACUCGAGUGAAGUUGACGUCAUAUUCGUCCCCUUCUUUUCUUCUGUAUGCUUCAAUCGAUUUUCUAGGUUAAACCCUCACCAAAAAACCAACAGGAACAAAAAACUACAAGCUGGUGGGUUGCCGACGGUGAGGUGUUGCAAGGUAGGUCGGUUAAAGGAGUCCAGACCAUCUGUUGUUUCCGAUUUAGGGGUUUCGAUGAAUUACAUAGGGAGUUCAGGGUCGGCUUUCGCAUUUCAGAAACGACGUUUUCAUAUCUUCAUUGAGCCCCGAUUAGAUACUUUCCUUGAAAUUCAGAUGCUGAUAUCAAAUAGUACAUGAGAGCAAGUUGUUGUUCCCAGUGGGGCAUGAUACGAACCAGUUGGUAUAGCAUGUAUUCGAGUCACAGGUAGACUCCACAAGAGAUAAACUCCAAUACUGUUUCUUGCAUUAAAAGAUAAACUCCAAUACUGUUUCUUGCAUUAAAAGAUAGAUCACACCAAAACGACCCAGGACAGGGAUCGUAUCAUUACUCCCCUCCCAAACU